UUCCUGCUGAGAACCUAGAUUGCUGUCUGGACUAUAGAAAUAUAACAACAGCUCCCCCAACAAAUAAAAGGUCUCAAUGACCAAAGAACUGGAGAAAUGAGGGCACUGAGAAGAACAGAGAAGGCAGAUUUACCAAGCCACAAACUAGCCGAGAUUCAUGGACAAUACUCUCUUAGAAGAGGGGAAAAUAAACGAGGGAUUGUUGCAAACAACAUUUCUUUAAUAAGCUAAAGAAAGGGGUGAGUUUGUUUGCUUUAAAUAUUGUGAAGGGGGAAGUGGGGCAUUUUUCCAGGUAAUUGAAUAAUUCAACAUGAAGGAAGGAAGAGAUCAUUGCAAAUGAGCCAUGGGUCUUGGAGGAAGGGAGUAAAGACUCCCAAGGAGAAAGAAUAAAGCAAAGAGGAACAAGACCUUGGUCUUGGUUCAGGAAAGGAGGGAGGUAAAGGCUGUCCGUGAAGAUGGAUAAGUUCCGAAUGAUCUUCCAGUUCCUCCAGUCCAAUCAGGAAUCUUUCAUGAAUGGCAUCUGUGGGAUCAUGGCCCUGGCCAGCGCCCAGAUGUACUCCGCCUUUGAUUUCAACUGCCCCUGCUUGCCGAGUUACAACCUGGUGUAUGGCAUGGGCAUCCUGUUUGUGCCCCCCUUGGUCUUGUUCCUCCUGGGCUUUGUGAUGAACAACAAUGUGUCCGUGCUGGCAGAGGAGUGGAAGAGGCCCACGGGCAUGAGGCAAAAGGACCCGGCUGUCCUGCGCUACAUGUUCUGCUCCAUGGCCCAGCGGGCCAUGAUCGCACCCGCUGUCUGGAUCUCUGUGACACUGUUGGACGGGAAAUGCUUCAUGUGUGCGUUCAGCACCUCGGUGCCAGUGGAGAAGCUGGGGAACGGGAGCUUCACGGGCCUGUCGGAGAAGGAGAUGAGGAGGAUACUGGCCCGCAUCCCCUGCAAAGAGAUCUACAGCGGGCAGGAGCUUGUGGCCAGGGAGGUGGCGGUGAGAUACCUGCGCUGCAUCUCACAGGCUCUGGGCUGGUCCUUUGUGUUGCUGAUGACCAUGCUGGCUUUCCUUGUCAGGGCCCUCCGGCCCUGCUUCACUCAAGCUGCCUUCCUGAAGAGCAAGUAUUGGUCCCACUACAUCGACAUUGAGCGCAAGCUGUUCGACGAGACCUGCACAGAGCACGCCAAGACCUUCGCCAAGGUCUGCAUCCAGCAGUUCUUUGAGGCCAUGAACCAGGACAUGGGCCUGGGGCACACCCACUCCCCUGAGGCGGCUCCCUCGGAAGUGGGGGAAGAGAAAGAGAAGCUACUGGGCAUCACAGACCAGGGGACUAUGAACAAGCUCCUGAAAAGCUGGCACAAAUGCAAGCCGCCUCUGUGCCUCCAUCAGGAGGUGUUACAGAACGGGAACGGCUGGGUGGAGGAAAAUCAGCAUCGCAGUCACAUCAGUCUGCCCAAGAGGGAGAUUAUCACCUACUAUAGUAAAGUGUGAGGAUGGGCUACAGGAACAGAGAUCAGGUGUGGCCUUAGAGAUGGCCACCUAGGGCUCCCUUUCCAAGGGGUACCCCAGUAACAUUGGGACCAUUAGGGUCACUCCAGAGAGGCCAGUUCAGAGCACCUCUUCCCCACCUACCUGUCCAUACUCCACGGAGCUGAGCAGAAACAAAAAGACCAUUUGGAGGAGCAGAAGCUGCAUGGGGUGGGCUGUUGAGCUGAGUAGGGAGAAGGGAAAAUGAGCACCAGAUGCCACCUUCAAACAGGCUGGCAUGACAAUCAGGUUUGCAGGAAGGACCCAUGGCAGUGCAGUUUCGCUUCUGGCAUGCCUUGUAUACUCCAGCCUGCAGUUCAUAGGGGGGUUGCCUCUGAGCUGAGCAAUACGGAAUGCCUGGCCCCAGCAUUUAGUUCUGCAGCCAGUAAUUUCAAUUUAGAGUCUAAAUCCACCGUGACAAUGAUUUCUUCCUACAAAGGGCAACUACUGAGCACUUGUCUAUACGGGGAGUUUAAACUGGGCUAAAUGGAGUUAAUGUGGUUUGAAAACGCUUGCAUGCGCACAAUGCAAUUCAUUGUAGUGCACCGACUACACAUUUAUCACAGGACUCUGUAGUCCUCUUUCAAAGCGAACUAACUUUGCAGCGAAGCCAGUUAGUCCAGUCUAUUGUUCAAGUACACGCAAUGCCGCCGUGCACUACUUUGGCAGUCCUCCAACUGCUAUCCCACGCUGCUUUGCUAGCAACCAUUACUGACUUGUCAGCUUACCUGCAUAGCCCCCCCCAGCUCGGGGGUUGAGUUGACCGGACAGCUCCUCCUGUGUACGAGCUGGUGCACAACCAGAUUUUGUCCAUUUGCUCCUGGAUUCCAGUUUAUCACAAUAGCUGCAGUAACACUCCAGAAACCCAACAGCACACCUCCAGCAGCCACUCGGAGUCGUGUCAAGAGCCUGGAUCUCAUCACCCUCUGGGGAGGCGAGACAUGUCAUGGUCAGCCACCAGGACAAAGAUCUUCUAGUGAACAUUGCUAGGCAGAUGUCUGUGAGGGGCCAUGACUGGGACGCCAAACAGUGCCAAAGAAAAAGCAAACAGCUCAAGAACACCCACAUUAAAAUGAGGAACAACAGGGACAAAAUAUCCAAUGAGGGACACGUAACCUGUCCAGUUUUUGAAGAGCUGGAUAAGAUUUUACAUAACCACAUGACCCUGGCCACUUUCUUCCCCAUCUUCCCUCCCUCCCCCUGAGCAUGACCAGCGAGACUCAUAGGAGGAGGAGCCCGGGGAAGAGAUCUCCCUGAAAAUCCAGGAUCUCUUCAGGACUCAGGACCCUAAUACCGCCCAGGUAGAAGGCGAGCCUGAUUCCCGCCCUGCAGCAACCAACCCCAAUUCCUAGGCAGCAACCCAGACUGGAACUGAUCCUACGCAGGGAACCUCGGCAUCACCUGCACUGGCCAGCCCCUCCAGAACAGGGCCCUUCUCAACAGCCGAGUGGCUGGCAAAGCUGAGGGGGAGAAAACGGAAACCUGCGAUGAAAUGUUUGCAGACCUCAGCGGCGUCCCCAGAAAACUGAAACCCACAGGGAGGUGGAGGUUGUAUCUAAAGACUGAAGGGGAAUCCGACAAGGAGCUUUCUGAGGGAGACUGGUGCAGUAGCGAAGGAUGGCGGGACAGUUGCCAGGGAAAGCCUUGCCAUGGCCAGUAUGAGAAAAAAGACAGGGAAAUGCCAAGAUGCCCUGAUGCAGUAGCAUACGUCACUAUCAGGGCAGCAGGCUCUACCAACCAACCCUCAGCCACGUUCUGCAGCCCCCGAAUAACACAGGGUACCUGGAACAACAACUCCUCCCUGCUAUAUCUCCGCAGCACUGCUCCCUGAGCCAUUUCCCUCCCAGACCUGAGC